AAAAACAAUAACACUUCAACUGGAACACUUCCUUGUCGACUUAUCCACAGUUGACAGUGUUGUUUGGCCUACAAGGAAGCAUUUUAGCGCCAUGGCGUCGCCUUUUCCCUGUCUCUUAACGUUCCUUGUGACGUUUGUGUUCCUGUGCUCUGCCCAGUCUGUCUGUAGACCACCGUCCGACGAGAAAUGUGUUUGUAGUCCGGUUUGUAGUUGUAAUUGUGGGAGCGAGAACGCGCUGAAAGCAGAGUUGGAGCAGAUGAAAAUCGCCAUGAACCAACUCUCACAGAAGAUAGCCGAUUGCCCUAAAGGUAACGCUAACGACACAGAAGCUGACAGGCCCCAGGACUGUCAGGACAUCCUUGACAACGACGAGACCACGCCCAGCGGCGUGUACAUGGUUUAUCCACGGGACAACAUGGGCGGCUUCAACGUCUUCUGUGAUAUGGACACGGACGGAGGCGGCUGGACGUUGUUCCAGAAACGCCAAGACGGAACCGUGGACUUCUACCGGAGCUGGGCGGACUACAAGACCGGCUUCCCUUCCAACCUAAACGGCGAAUUCUGGCUGGGGAAUGACAACUUGUACCGCCUGGCUGUGCAGAAAGUCUACCAGCUCAGGGUGGAUAUGGAGGAUGUGGAGGGAGAGACGCGGUACGCCGCUUACGACACAUUUGCCAUCUCACCUGAAUCCCAGAACUACAAACUCUACAUCGGGACUUAUAAUAGUGGUACUGCAGGAGACAGCCUUGUGAUCCACGAUGGGCGCCCAUUCAGUACCAAGGACAGAGAUAACGAUGACUACUCUAUCAGCUGUGCGCAGGCUAACGAUGGUGCGUGGUGGUACGGUAAUUGCCACCGCUCCAACCUGAACGGCCUGUACCGCCUGGGUCCCAUCGGGGGGGAUGAAUACAACGGCGUCAUCUGGGCGCACUGGAAGGGUUACCACUAUUCCCUGAAGCGCACGGAGAUGAAAAUCCGACCUGCUCCAUAACUUCCCAUUUAAACUGUGUGUGUGUAACGGUGUGUUUGUGAGUGUGCACUUGUUUGUUUGUGGGUCUGUGUGUGUUGAUGUGUACG